UGGUGGAGGUUGUGGAGCUUUGUCAUCUUGUGCAUGCUGAGCAGGACCCAGUGAUGAGAGAGCCUCAACAACAACAGUGAGACCCUCAACACUCAUGCUUCCUCUCUCUCUUCCACGUCUACCUGUGAGUUACUGCUCUCUUCUGGAUUACUGCUUUUCCUUUUCCAUGCUGAAGGCGCCGGUGGAGGAUUGAACCUGCAAGGAUCAACUUCUCCAACCAACUUUUUAUUUUAUUUUAAUUUAAGCUGGUUUAAUUCAUCACCUCAUCUGUAUGAGAUUUUCUUCAGUUGGAAUAAUGCUUUGGUGCUGGAGUAGAAACUCCUGGUUUCCAGUGGUGCUGGGUGCUGCAUUAGUUGUGCUCACUGCAGGAAAUGCUGGACCGGACCAGGACAGAAGGCAGGCUGGGUCGUCCUCGUGCUUUGGAGGCUUCGAUCUCUACUUUGUUUUGGACAAAUCUGGGAGUGUGCAGAACCACUGGACAGAAAUCUACCACUUUGUCGAACAUCUAGCUCAUAAAUUCAUAAGUCCACAGUUGCGGAUGUCCUUCAUCGUGUUUUCCACUGACGGACAGAUUUUAAUGAGCCUGACAGAAGACAGGGAACGCAUUCGCAAAGGUCUGGAGGAGCUGCAGGGGGUCCUUCCAGGGGGAGACACCUUCAUGCAUGAGGGCAUCUUGAGGGCCAGUGAGCAGAUAUACUAUGGAAACACUGAAGGUUAUCGCACUGCAAGCGUUGUCAUAGCUCUGACAGAUGGAGAGCUGCACGAGGAUCUUUUCUAUUACGCUGAGAGAGAGGCCAACCGUUCCCGAAGUCUGGGGGCCUCAGUUUACUGCGUGGGGGUGAAGGACUUCAAUGAGACGCAGCUGGCAAAGAUUGCUGAUAGUAAGGACCAUGUCUUCCCUGUAAAUGAUGGAUUUGAGGCUCUGCAAGGGGUCAUUGAUUCGAUCCUGAAGAAGUCCUGUAUUGAGAUCCUGGCUGCAGAGCCCUCUAGCAUCUGUGCAGGAGAGACCUUCCAGGUGGUGGUGAGAGGAAAUGGAUUCCUCCAUGCCCGAAAUGUUGAUAAAGUACUGUGCAGCUUCCGAAUCAACGACACCCUCACCAAAAUGGUGAAGCCUUUGAUUGUGGAAGACACAUAUCUUCUCUGCCCUGCACCAGUGCUUCAAGAUGAGGGGAUGGCAGCAAAUCUUUACGUCAGUAUGAACGAGGGUCUCAGUUUCAUCUCCAGCUCCGUCACAAUAACCACUGUGGGAUGUUCUGAUGGGACCAUCCUGGCCAUCGCCCUGCUCAUCCUGAUGCUGCUCCUGGUCUUGGCUCUUCUCUGGUGGUUCUGGCCUCUUUGCUGCACUGUGAUCAUCCACGAACCCCCACCUCCACUUGAAGAGGAGAGUUCGGAUGAUGAGGACUUUGAUACACCCAAGAAGAAGUGGCCGACUGUGGAUGCUUCCUACUACGGAGGAAGAGGUGUAGGUGGAAUCAAAAGAAUGGAGGUACGCUGGGGGGAGAAAGGCUCCACAGAAGAAGGAGCGAAGCUGGAAAAGGCUAAAAAUGCCAAAGUGAAGAUGCCCGAGCAGGAGUACGAUCUGCCCCCCACACGGAUUCUCAACAAUGGCAUGCAGAGAGCCCCAGGGCCACGCAAGUGGUACUCGCCAAUCAAGAGCAAACUAGAUGCAUUGUGGGUACUUUUGAGGAAAGGCUAUGACCGUGUGUCAGUAAUGAGGCCUCAUCCAGGUGACAAGGGCAAAUGCAUGAACUUCACCCGCAUGAAGUCUCCCCCUUCCCACUACCCUCACUACAACCACUCAUCCCCCAUCUACAACCCCCCGAGCAAGAGUCCAACACCGCCGCAGGGCACCCUCCCACCGACCCCCAGCAGCCCUCCAUCAUCUCUGUCUUUCUCCUCCUGCACCCUUCCAUCAUUACCUCCAACACCUCCUCCCACCUCCCCUUCCCCCUCUCCUCCGCCCUACACCCCACCUCCCAACCGGGCUCUUCCUCCGACCAACAUGCCCACACCAGCGUUGUCAGCGGCCUCAACGACCCCUUCACCUCCUGCCUCCCCAACGGGCUCCUUGCCUCCUCCUCCACAGGGACCUCCUCCUGGUCGAGCCCCUCCCCCUGCACGCCCACCGCCUCGCCCUGGGCUGUAAAGCUCCAGCAUGAGAUGGGAGAGAACCCCACAAAUUUGAAAAAGGCAACACAAAGUCCCACCAGUGAUCAGCACAUGACCAUCGUUGACCACCUGGAGGCCAGGACAUGUGGACACUUGUGCCACUCUCAGCGGGCUGUGGCCUUUCUGCCUUGUGAAGAGGAGCAGCGAGGACUAUUUUUCAGCUAUUUGUCUACAGUGAAUGUUGUACACUUCUAGCACAACAGUGAAAUUGCUCUGAUGCUUGAAUUACACAGACGUUCCCAAUGAAUGAGGUCAUGCGGGCCGGCUCAAAAACAUUUGCCUCCGUGGACCUGUGGGCUGCUUCAGGCCCUGAUGCCUUCUCCAUGAGCUCACAAGAUUGGAUGAAUCCAAAUCAGCUGCUCAACAAGGAGCAGAGUUGUUUUCAAAACGAUCAUGACACCAAAAUAUGUGUAACGUUUCCAUCUUUUCUAAAAAGAGAUAAGAGGAAUCUGAAAAAAUCCCUGUUUUUCUGUUCUUGAAUGUUGAGCAACUGCAUGCCAUCGUGUUUGAGUCAGUGUGUGUUCUUUUGAUAACAUUUCUACCUAGUUUUAUGCAUCAUACACACAUCUUUAGUUUUACUAUUUUUGUACUCCUUGCACUUUUGACUUGCAUAAUAAACCAGCCUAAUGUGCACAUAGGAGUGAACUAUAAACUGGGAUUCAGAUACUUAACUAUACACCUAUACAGGUGCAUCUCAAAGAAUAAGAAUAUUGUGAAAAAGUUUGUUUUUUUAAACUUUAUUUAUAUCUUAGACUCAUUAUACAUCAAGUUCUUAGUUUUUUUAUUUAUUUUGAGUUUGAUCAAUAUAGCCUAAAGGGAAAAACAUAUAUUUAAAAAUAUCACAAUAAUUCAUAUUGAGUUUGAGUAAAUUACCAUAAAUACUGUGUAUCUCUUGGUCAAUGGUCUAAUGUCCUGUUUUCAGAUCCCUCGCCACAUUGAUGCAAUAACUCCUGCUAAAGGAGGCCUGGCCAAGUAUUGUCUAAAUUUUAAAUUCUUUAUUGAUUGAUCUUAGGAAAUACUCAAAUACUUUGAGCUGUAAGACGUAAUCAACCAAAUUAAAACAGGCUGGAAAUAUUUCCAAUAUUUCACUUUACAUGUAAUGAAUCCAGAAUAUAUUUAAGUUUAAUUUAAUUAAUAGUUUGAGAUGCACCUGUAUAACUGAUAUGACCACAGUCACAGCUAUAGUUAGCAGCGUACACUCUGUCUAUCAAGAUGUGGACAAAACCGUGUCAGAAUCAGGGAGAAACUUUGCACAUUGUUUUGCUCAUCCAGCCACAGCCUCUUACGAAAGCUGUUUUUUAUGUAAAUAAUCAUUUUGCUACAAUAACCAUGUGUCUUCAGAUCUGUGUGUGUGUGUGUGUGU